UCUCUCUUACGUUUUGUUUUAUAAUAUUUGUGUUGCUUUGGCUUUUGCAAGGGACUCCCAAUGGGAAUGAUAAGUUAGUCCCAACAAUUGGGGGUCCUAAACACGCGCGUGGAGCUGCGAUUAGUGUUAAGAUUACUGCUUUUCGAGAAUUUUUAAGACCACUCUCCCUGAAUAUGGAAACCAGUAGCGGCCUCCCUUGUUUACUUAUACACUUCCUUCACAAGUCUCACAGAGGAUCCUCUUAAAUUGAAUACCCACUUCUUCUUCCUCUUCAGUUCUCACAAAAAUAAAACCCCAAAUCCUGAAUUUCUUGUUUGGUUUGCUUUUGUUGGAGUGAAAAAUGCGGAUGAGCUGUAAUGGAUGUCGAGUACUAAGGAAAGGGUGUAGCGAGAAUUGCAGUAUUAGACCUUGCUUGCAGUGGAUUAAAACCCCUGAAUCACAAGCCAAUGCCACUGUCUUUCUUGCCAAGUUUUAUGGCCGUGCCGGACUCAUGAAUCUCAUCAACGCCGGCCCUGAACAUCUUCGUCCUGCGAUUUUUAGGUCUCUGCUUUACGAGGCAUGCGGGCGGAUCGUCAACCCGAUUUACGGGGCGGUCGGGUUGUUGUGGUCCGGAAGCUGGCAGCUCUGUCAGGCGGCGGUGGAGGCGGUGCUCAAGGGAGCUCCAAUCACUCCGAUCAACUCCGAAGCUGCGGCUAAUGGCAACGGGCCGCCGCUUAAGGCGUACGACAUCCGUCACGUUUCGAAGGACGAGAACUCCGCCGCGUCCAACGAUCUUAACCGGGUCAAAACCCGGUGCAGAGUCAAGCGGACCGUGGUCAAGCCCAAGGCAAUAAAACCCGAUCCGGUCAACGAGACCGCCAACUGGAGAGCGAGUUAUAUGGAAGAGUUGAACCGGUCAACAAGCCACGAAUCAUCUGUGAGCCACCAGUCCGUGGGAGCGAAUGUCGUUGAUGGAGAGAGCAAGGAGACAGAGAGCAUGAUCUCCGUUGAGACGGCCGAACCGUCGAUGCUGUUCCGGGCCGACCCGGAGUCCGGUGUUGUCCGAAAUGGGGGAGCUCGGAAUGGGACCGACCUUGGGCUUGGGCUUGGGCUUGGGCUGGAACUGACACUGGGGUUGGAGCCCCUGUCACGUGAGCAUCACGUGAUUCCCGUGAAGAAGAGGAGGAUUGAGGCUUGUGAUGGGGACGCGUGUAAGAUGGAGCUGGGCUUUUAAUACCCGGCCUGAGUGAGAAGCCCAAGGAGAAUCCAAAAAACCUCGUCCAGUUUUGGCGGCUCUUGUUCGGCUCUGUUUGUUUUUAUGCAAAAGAGUUUUGUCGUUUUUUGCUUUUUAGUUUUGUCAUGUUAAAAUGUUUACAUGAACAGAAAUGGUAAAUCAAUAGAGGCUCGUUUGAAGUUUGUACAGCAUAGUAAAUGCUGUUAUGUA